CACUGAGACAGGAGAGUCAUAACUUCACAGAAACGAAAGGUAAAGUUAGUGUGAGCAGAGCUGCAGUCCAGACCGUCUCUCUGUUCCUCUCUGAAGAAACAACUGAAUCCAGCAGCUUCUUCUCAGCCACAGCCGAACACUGAGUGUAGACAUGUCUGCUGCCAGCUGUCUGCUGACUGAAGAUCAGUUCCUGUGCUCCAUCUGUCUGGAUGUGUUCACUGCUCCAGUCAGCAUACCAUGUGGACACAACUUCUGUAAAGCCUGCAUCACUCAACACUGGGACACUAAAGUCCCCUAUCAGUGUCCCAACUGUAAAGCUUUCAACAUAAAGCCUGAGCUGCGCGUAAACACCUUCAUCUCUGAGAUGGCUGCUCAGUUCAGACAGUCAGCUCAACAGGAAGCCAGCAGCAGCAGCUCAGAGCAACAAGCUGUCCAACCAGCAGAAGUUCCCUGUGACGUCUGCACUGGAACCAGACUGAAGGCCCUGAAGUCCUGCCUGGUGUGUCUGGUCUCCUACUGUGAGACUCACCUGGAGCCUCACCUGACAGCUUCACGUCUGAAAAGACAUCAGCUGAUCGACCCUGUGGAGAACCUGGAAGGCAGGAUGUGUGUGAAGCACGAUAAACUGCUGGAGCUGUUCUGUAAGACCGACCAGGUGUGUGUCUGCAUGCUCUGCACCGUUUCAGACCACAAGACCCAUGAUGUGGUUCCUCUGAAAGAAGGAUAUGAAGGAAAGAAGGCUGAGCUGGGGAAGACAGAGGCUGAAACUCAGCAGAUGAUCCAGAAGAGACGCCUGAAGAUUCAGGAGAUGAAACGCUCAGUGGAGCUCAGUAAGGAAGCAGCAGACAGAGAGAUAGCAGAGCUGGAACAGGAGAUCUCUGAGCUGGAGAAGAGAAGCACUGAGGUGGAGCUGCUCUCACGCUCUGAAGACCAGCUCCACCUCCUCCAAAGCUUCACCUCCCUGAACGCUGCUCCACCCACCAAGGACUGGACAGGAGUCAGGGUCCGUCCUCCUUCAUAUGAGGGGACUGUGGUGAGAGCUGUGACUCAGCUGGAGGAGACGCUCAGUCAGCUGUUCGCUGAGGUCGAGCUGAAGAGGGUCCAGCAGUAUGAGGUGGAUGUGACUCUGGCCGAUACAGCAAGUCCUGACCUCAUCCUGUCUGAUGAUGGAAAACAAGUUCGACCAAGUAGGAGGAGGAUGGAUGUCCCAGACGAUCCAGAGAGAUUUGAUCCUUGUCCCUGUGUCUUAGCAAAGCAGAGUUUCUCUUCAGGAAGAUUUUAUUACGAGGUUCAGGUUAAAGGAAAUACUGCCUGGACUUUAGGAGUUGUCAGAGAGUCGAUCAACAGGAAGGGAAAGAUCAUAGAGACCCCUGAGAAUGGUGUCUGGACCAUCGGUUUGAGGAAAGACAACGACUACUACGUUUCCUCUGACCAUGAAAGCUUUCUCUGUCUGAAGUCUCAGCCUGAGAAGGUGGGGGUGUUUGUGGAUUAUGAGGAGGGUCUGGUCUCCUUUUAUGAUGUUGGUUCUGCCGCUCUGAUCUACUCCUUCACUGGCUGCUGCUUCACUGAGAAACUCUACCCAUGCUUCAGUACUCUGAAGAAAAUCUUUCCGGAAAUUUGGAUUAUAAUUGUUGACCCUCUGAUCAUCACUCCUGUCCAUCACAGAGAGUAAAAACCUUUGGAUUUUCCACAGAGGAUGUAUUAUGAUUUAGUUCAAUAAAUGUACAUUAACUGGUGAUGUUCAGGGGUUUUGUUUAAAUAUGAACCUGCAUUUUAAUAAACUUCUUUCUUGGAAUUGAAAGAAUAUGAUUCACAAUUUUGCAAAUGAAGGCCAUUUAGAAAAGCAUUUUUUAUGAGUUUCUUUUUAUUUACUGUAUGUGAAGGAAUGGCUUGAUUUGAAUGUUGUUCAUGAUUGUUAGGAUGAUAAUAAUGUUCAUCUUCUGUGCUUUGUUGCUAUCUGUACGGGAUAAGAUGUUGAGGUACAUUUCUGCAUGGUGUGUUGAUAUGGCCUCAGUGUUUUAGAGUAUGUUAUCGGACCACAGGAAGGAUAGCUUAAGGAACCUGCUACUGCUAAAGGGGGUCAUAAUAAUCUAAAUGUAAUAAAAACAUAAGGACACAUUAUGAACACCACCUUUUUUCUUCAAAUUAAUAAAUCACAGCAAAGAAAA